ACCACCACCGUUGCCUGCCCCAGCGUCCCAGCCAUGGCCGGGAGCUCUAACGUGCGCCACAAGACCUCGCUGCCGGAGGGCGUCAGAGUGGGCACCGUGAUGAGGAUUCGAGGUGCUGUCCCCGACAAUGCUGGCAGGUUCCAUGUGAACCUGCUGUGUGAUGACCAGGAGGGUGCCGAUGCUGCCCUGCAUUUCAACCCCCGGUUGGGCCAGUCCGUGGUGGUCUUCAACACCAAGGAGCAGGGUGCCUGGGGCAAGGAGGAGCGUGGCCAUGGGCUCCCCUUUCAGCGUGGGCAGCCCUUUGAAGUGCUCCUCAUCGCCACUGAAGAAGGCUUCAAGACGGUGGUCGGGGACGCGGAGUAUCACCACUUCCGCUACCGCAUCCCGCCGGCGCGCGUGCGCGCAGUGGAGGUGGGCGGGGACGUCGAGGUGCAGUCUUUGAAGAUCUUCUGAUCCCGGCCGGCAAAUAAAGUCUUAGCCCCUCAUCUGGGCGCCUCCUCUGAGUCGAGUCCGUGUCUUCUUCACGUGAGCGAGGAAAGCCAUUAGAGCGCGGAGUUCCCGGCCCAGGGCCGUACAGCGGCUCCGAAGCCGAGGCGGGGCUCGGGCGUGAGCCUGCGGGGCUGAUCCAGUCUGGACGCCCAAGGAGCGUCGCGAGGUGGGGGGACGGGUCUUUGGUUGGUGCUUCUGAAGCACUUUGUAUAGCCACACGCCUGGUCUAUAGGCGUGGAUUGGGCGACCUGGCAGC